AUGCCGGGUACCGCGACGACCCUCACCGCCGAACAGCCGUCUCCGAAGCCCGUUGCCACGGCAGCAGCAGCAGAGCUCAGGCCACGGAUCCCUCGAGCCGCCGUCAGCCUCGCGGAAAAGCCGCUCACCCUGUGGCCCAUCCCGUUCCUUCCGGUCCCGUCGGCCAACUCCCUCGCCCACGAGGCGGCGCAGCAUACGCUCGAGGCGGGCGCGGUCGCCGCGCUGCAGCUGCGGCCCGACCCGGCGCCAUGGCUGGGGGCGCGCAAGGGCAAGGGCGGGCAGGCGGCGGCAGCGGGCGGCGCAGAUGCUUAUUCGUGGGUUGGUGCUGGGGAAAUAAAGAGUAAUAACAUCUAG